GUUUACUUCUCAACUUGUAUCUUCAGGGAAGUGUUUUUGUUAUUGUGUUUUGAAGAUAUUUUCGUUCUAGUGGAUUUCAAGUUUAUAAUGGAAUACACAGGUGUUAUUAAGCAAGUUUAGGCAACUGUGAAACAUUUUUGAUAAACGUGCUUGUGAAAUCCUAGACAUUCAGUUUAAAUUCGAUAUCGAAAGUCAUUGUGAAUAAUCAAGUACAUAGAAUUUUAUUUGGUGUUGGUGGUUUAUUAGUUAUGUAAUCCAAUAUUUUAUCAGUUUCAUAUCAAAACUUAAAGAUUUAGAUGAGUGAAGUGUGACUUAUUUAGUGAUAACAAGUAAAUAAACAUUGUGUAGCUUAUGUACGACACGUGGGUCUCGCGCUGAAUUAAUCGAUAGAGACGUAAGACGCGUGCGCCAGCCUCUAUCAACGAGACUAUUAUACGCCAAGGUCACUCUGCACAAACACGUGCAAUGUCGGAUUCUAUUUACACACAUGACUUUCUUCUAGAGCCAGGUUUGGAGAUCAAACAAGAGUCUCCGUUUGAGCUGGGCCCCAUGUCGGCCUCCGUGCCUAUCCCGCAGAGGCGUAAUGACCUCGGGGACUUCAACACAGACUUAGACCUGUGUCUGCAGGACAAUCUCACUGGUUCCUUCCACAAUGUCCCUAACAUGCAAUACACUAAAUUAGCAUAUGAUAAUGAUGCCUCAACAAAAACAGAAACAUUCAAAAUGGAUGAUGAUGACAUAUUCCAAGUAGACAAAGCUGAUUUAAUACUAGGUCCUACACUUGCUGAAUUAAAUGCAAAUCCCGAUACGCUAUUGGAAGACCUUAAUUUUGAUGACUUGUUGCUGCCAGAAGAGAGUGGUUACUGCAUUCAAAUUGGUGGAGCCAUGAGUGGAUCGCGCCGAGCACAAAACUCGAUGCAGCUCACCAAUCCAAUAGCUGUGGAAAGUCCGUGCAGUCCGUACAGUAGGGCCCAGCUAGCGUUUUCUCCUUCCAGCCAACAUAGUUCUGCAUCAUCAAGUUUUGCACAACCAAUGAAUCAACUGCCAGAACUGUUGCACCGUCUAGAUGGGUACAGUGGUGAGAUAGCACUAGGCCAGUCUGUGCCAGCAUCCACAGUGCUGCCCCCGUUUCCUUCCAGUUCGAAGCAACAACACUCACAGCUGUCUUCUUCAGCUCCAACACAUCUCACCAUGGAACAGAUUUGGCAACGCCGUGAGCCUCGCAAGCAUCUGUUGUCCACUAGUUCUCUAGCUGAGGCAGGUUCCAUUUCCUCAUUGUCUGGAGGUGUACUGAGUCCGGGCACAGGAGAAUUCUCCCAAGAUGAAGAUGACAGAGAUAUUGAGUCAGAUGAGGAUAGUGAUAGAUAUGAGGAUCUAUCAUCAGAUGAAUCAAAUGAUGAAUGCCCAGAAAGCAAACAGGCCCGGCAGAAUGCAAAAAAGGAGAAAUACUUCUGGCAGUACAAUGUGCAAGCUAAGGGUCCUAAAGGUCAAAGACUUAUCUUAAAGAAGAAAUCUGAGGACCCACAUGUGCUAAACAUUGUUACAGAUCCUGUCUUCAGUCCUAGUUGUAGUGUCAGGGGUAUUAAACACAGUGGUAAAGCCCGAAAAGGCGAUGGCAACGAUCUUACGCCGAACCCAAGAAAACUGUACCUUAUUGGAAAAGAAUUGGACAAUUUGGGAAAGGUUAUCAAUGACAUGAUUCCUGUCAGUGAAUUGCCCUUCAACAUAAGGCCUAAAACUAGAAAAGAGAAAAACAAACUUGCCUCUAGAGCCUGCAGAUUAAAAAAAAAGGCCCAGCAUGAGGCCAAUAAAUUAAAACUUUACGGUCUACAACAAGAACACAAACGUCUUCUUAAUGGAAUAAACCAAAUGAAACAAAUAAUAAGCAACAGAGUAACAAAUCCUCAAAGUAAUGUUGAUUGGUCUUCUCAUAUAACAAGCGUAGUCAACUCAGCUACAGAGGUGAAAAUUGCUGGGAAGACAUCGGAGUUCGUGAAUAAAAUUCUGGAUAACGUGAAAUCUGGUCACAACAAUGGGGGACUGACUGAUUUAUAAACGCUGAUGUCUGCA